AUGCCAGCCUCAUUGAGAAUUGAGCUGUUCCCUGCUCAUCUUGAACCGAUGAUCGCCUUUUAUACCGAUAUCUUGAGCUUCAAGCUGAUUAGACACGAGGGCGAUUACGCCUACCUUCAACGAGACAAUAUCUUCAUCGGGGCUAUCGAGACCGGGUCAACAGAGACUCUUGAGCAGAAGGAAAGCUACCGCCGUCCCAGCAAGGGAAUCGAAAUCGUCAUUGAAGUCGACGACGUGGACAAGGAGAGGGACUUUGUGCUGAGAAAGGGUUGGAAGCUGGAUGCAGACAUCGAGUCGCAGCCUUGGGGGUUGCGAGACUUUCGGCUGGUAGAUCCUGACGGCUACUAUCUUAGAAUCACCUCGCACAGUUCAAAGAAAGACCGAGGACAUGUGGUCUGA